AUGACGAGUCGCACUGCGCUGCUAUCAGCAGCCGCCGCGUGCCGCCAGCAGCGCAAUCUCCGCCACUUGCUCUCCGCCGCGCCAUUCUCUUCCGCCGCUGCUCCGCCACUCUUGCGCCCCUCAUCCCCCUCCCCGACGUCCCCCGCCGCCGCCGCCUCCCCCGCGCCCGCAACCGGCUCCUCUUCCGCUCAUUGCGCUGCUUCCGCGUCUCCCGCUGGUUUCCCCUUCGUCCCGUCGCGCCUUGCUAUCGUAACGGCGGAGAAGGACUUUAGCGUGGCGGAUCUGGUGAUUCAGGAGUCCACCAGACCCAAGGAGCCACUGAGUCUGCGCGCGCUCAAGUUCGGGUCGCAGUUAUCAGAGCACAUGCUGCUGGUGCCACACCCCUUCCCCCAUCUCCAGUCCUG